UUUCCUAAAUAUAAUUUGGCCGGAAGAAUGGUUUUUUUUUCUUAUUGUUUACUCUAACUCGAAGACAACCCCUCUAUUUCCUUCUCCAUCCCUCUUUUGAGUCCACCUCUCUUUCCUCUUCCUCCAAACACCCACGUCACUGGCGGCGACGCCUGCUGUUGCAGAUCAGGCGGCGUGAACUGAGUCCGGCCGAGACGGUGGUUACCCAAACGGCAGUCACCUACCGGGAGCCCUGCAGCGAAUUGUCAGCUUCGCAACCUCCGUGAACAGUCUGGUCAUUUUUCCCAUUUAAGCAAUGAAGGAAAACGGAGAUGGAUCAAUGAAAUCCAUGAGUAAAGAUGAAGAGAAUGUGGUAGGUUACCACAGCAACAACGUAAAAAAAGUUAGGUUAAAUUCAACUCUCGCUGCUCUGCUUGACGAUCCUAUUCUCGCCGAUGUCCCCAAAAAUCCCACCCUAUCGCACGUCGACACUCUCAUCAGCCUCGAAUUGGGAAGCGCCAUGCGUAUCUCCGUUCUUAAGCUCGAUGGCACUGCCAUUGAUGUGCUGAUCAUGAAUUCUGCGACAUUGAAAGACUUGAAGCUUGCAAUCAAGCAGAAAGUAAACGAGACGGAACAAUCCAAGAUGGGGCAUCGCCACAUUUCAUGGAAACACGUAUGGGCAAAUUUUUGCUUAGCACACCACAACGAGAAGAUUCUUGAUGAUAGCUCAGUACUUCAGGAUUUUGGAAUCCGUAACAAUUCUCAGGUGCGUUUUAUCCCAUACGUUAUGUCAAAGAACUCCAGAACACAUUCUAGGAGGAGAAAACACCGAUUCUUUCAUGGUCUCAACAAAUGUGCUUGAGCUUCCAGAUGCUUUGGAGGAUGUUUCUCUUCAACACAAAUUCAGUAAGCUUGAGUUCCAUUACAAUUUUUGUAACUGAAUAUGAACUUUAGAUGAAUGUGUUUAUAGGAACUUGACCCUUCCAUGUACAUUUAACAUUAUGAUAUGUAAAAAUGCAAACUAAUAUCUACAUGAUUAGCAAAUUUUUGUUGUUUGUGGAAA